AAAUUAAAUUCUUGAAUUGUUGCGAUUAAUUUUUGUGAUUAAAUAUAGAUUACGAUUUAUUCCGUGCAUAUUAUGGCAUUAUAAUGUGAAAAUUCAUUGAUUCGAGAUACAUGUGUAUAUAAAAAAUCAUUGAACGUGAAUCAUUUAAAAUUCCUCUCGUUUAUUUAACCAAACCUAUAUUUUCUCAUAAAAGCGAUAAAUCUUAUGAGAAAAGAAUAGUAUUUAUUCCAGCAUACAUAGGUGUUCAGUGACAAAGUUCAUCGUAGGACAAAUAUUGCAAUGUGUAUGUGCAUAUAUAACUUGUAUACCGAAGGAUGUGUACGAGUUUAAGCAGAAGAUACAAAGGGGACCAGAACGGCGAGGAGACGAGAAAUCGUAGAGGAUGGGCGAGUGGUCGAGAGGACAGAGGGGUGACGAUGAGAGUGAGUAAGUUUGGUGGGGGAAAAAGGACUCGGAACUCGUGUCGUAGCGGUACGACGUUCGGUCGGGUAUCUCCGCAUCGCGAGCCACACGCUCGGCCGGUGUCGGCUCGCAUACGCGCUCAGUCGUGCACUGGCCUCGCUUGCGAAUGAAUGUCGAGCGAGAGCUAUUCGAUACGUACAACACGAAAUACGUUCACAGUGUUUUCUUCUUCUUUCAUGCAUAUGUAUGUGUGUAAGUGUGUGUAUACACCGGCAAGAGAUAUACAUAUACAUUUAUAUACGUGUAUUGUAUAUAAUACUUUUCUUCCUAUUUCGUCCGUCAAUCGUCUCACGUAGAAAGAGUUAAUGUGUCGUAUACGAAUAUACCAAGUGCAAUCAGUAGUGAUCUAUCGAAACGUUAUGUUAUGACUGAUAUCUAUAUAUAUACAUAUACAUAUAUACUAAUAGUGUAGUGACAGCAGUGACGAAGGGACGCCAAAUCUAACGUGCUCCGAUUAACUUCGUUCCGUUAGUCAGCCGAGUGUGUGGUAAAGUUGAGAGUGCCUGCGAGAGUAGGAAGGAAGAACAAAGAAGCGAGUCCUUUGCCAGUCGGUGGAAGUGAGUGAGGUUUGCGAAGACUGUCUCCUCUUGAAGUCUCUCUUCUCUGUCUCUUCACUCUUUUCUUUGUGGAUCUCAGUGUUCUCUUCAGCUCUUUCUCUCGCUUUCUUCAUCUCUACCAUCGACAUCGUGUGAACAGCAACGACAAGUUGGUUUCGUCUCGAGACGCUAAAAUGAGAUUGGAAGAAGAUCUUGUGAUUCGUAGGAGUAGACCAACGAUGAUUUCUGCAAAAUACCGCGCGAGAGAAGAACGUCGUCGCCUGCUAAAGAUUUCAGCCGGCAAGUUGAGGAGAAUCGAAGACCCGGAGGCUAGUCUAUGCAGAUCGGUUCUUAUAAAUAAUGCUGUCAGGCGACUGCAACGUGAAAACCGAGACGAAAAGACAAGAAAUUACGGACUUCCGGUUGUCACAUAUCUAAAUGACUCCACCAAAGAAAAUAAUGUUUCUAGCAAUCUUAUUGUCGGAAUAACGGACGACGAAACGUCUUCAAGAAAAAGAUUAAGCGAUGAUACGAGGAAUGAUGGAAUCAGUCCUAAACGUCAAAGGCAUGACGAUCUCGAUCUACAGGAUGAUGUAUUUAGUGACUUCUAUAUUCUGCCUCCCACUCCUCGAUUACUCUCUCACAUCGACGAAAUUCAGGAACCUGAAUCCCCUCAUCACCAUCACUUGGUGUAUCCCGAGGAUCGCUUAGGUUCCGUGGACGUCCGAUCAACAACGACGAUCAUUAGCACCAGUACCGCGAACACAACCACGAGCAACAGUACAAGCACGUCCACAAAUAGUUGCUGUAAUUCUAUCAUGUUUUCUACCGAGCUAGAUGGCGCUAGCAGUCAAUUAACCAGCGUUAUUAGAUCCAGUGACGUAGGCAUGAUGGAGGCCUCGGAUGUAGUUGAUCCCGAUAGAAUCUGCGAUUUUGCGAGAUUCGCAGACUCUACAAAGACUUUAGAGGAACGUUUAGUGGAAUUACAAUCGCUGGAUGAACAUUUUGAUUUGGCAAAAUUUGAAAGAAAUAAUAAUCAGAGUUGCGGCAGGGCAUUCCACGACAUUCAGACUUUUCACAGUCUAGUACCUGGAUUGGAAACCUAGAAGGGAGCCUUGUGCCUGGAGCACCCUCCUCUCGUCACGUCUGGUUCGAUGAAGAAACAAAACCAUGACCAUAACGACAACGACGAUGCGGAUAAACAGCUUCGCGGCACAUAUGAGGAACCACGGCAAGGAUGAACCUGGACUUGGAAGAUAGACACUUUGUCUGGAAUAUAGCGCGUCCUAUGUCACUUUGGCUUGAUGGAAUAUAAGCAUCGUCGACUCGAUUGGACGACUUGUUAAAAGGAUCUAUUUAGUAUAUGAAGAGAUACAAAGAGCUUUCAAUAUAUGAUCCAUUAAUUUAUGAUUUAUUUUCGUGAUUGAAUUUUUUUGGUCGUUCAACCGUUUCAACGAAUUCUUGAUUCAGAACAGAAUGAAGGGAGGAGGACGAGGAUAAAUAAGAUUUUUUUGAAAUUAUAUAAUGCGUUUUUAACAAUGCAGAAAUCGAUGAAUGGUUAUUUGACUGGAUUUACAGAGUAUUUUCCAUGUGUAUGUAACUAAUAGAUUGGUAUCACAAAACCGUGUUCAUAUGAAUAUCGAUACCAAAAUGUUCUGAUACGCAUUACGUAUAUAUAAUUUGUAUAUACUCGAAUAUGUUUUUAAAAAGCACAUUAAGGAUUAUAAUAUAAGAGAAUUUGUAGUAAACAUUUUUGGGGAAAAACAAAAAAACAUUGCCAAACAAUGAAAAGAUGCUAAAAAUGAGACGCAUAUGUCUUUUGUAUAUAAAAAAAAUGCCUUUAGAAUAGUUGUAAAUUGAAAUCGAAUGAAUUUCACUAUCGCACGAUUUUGCUACAAUGGGCCUUCGAUUUUUAUUAGCAAUAUUAUCGUUUGUUUUUUAAAUCUUUUUCGUGGUUUCCCUCGGUAAUUUUAAAGAAACAGAAGGGAAAAACAGAUUUUAGGAUUUCGAAAAUUGUGAUUUUUUUUUUUAUAAAUCACAAAUAAUACUGAAUAUAAUACUGAAUGGUGGAAAAUUGCUACGAUUGAUUAUAAAAAAAUGUAUGUAUCUAUUAAAAUAUUUCUUUCAUUUAUUUUGUGGUCUUGUUCCGUGUGGUAAUAAUUGUAAAUUUGUAUGUUUGGCAUCUUUUUAUUAUUUUUUUUUAAAUUAACAUAUUUUUUUAUUACUAAUGAAAAAAUUCAUUAGUUUACGUUGAUUUAUAAAGAUUCUAAUUUUAUUAUGUUAAAAUACGCGAGUGUACGAUUUGUACAUGCUCCUUUGUAUAUAAAUUUUAUUUGACUUUUUUGUUUUUUUGGUAGGAAAAUAUUAAAAAAAUCGCAAAUCAAUCUCGAAUAUUAAACGUAUUAAUAUUGUUAUUAAUAUUGUAGAUAAUGAAAUUCAUAAUGGAUGUUAUAAAAUACGUGAAUGCUCUUGAGAUUAAUUUGCUGAAUUUAUACAUUUUUUUCGUUAAUUAUUUAAGGAAUAAUGCAGCUAUUUUUUUUUUUUUUAUAAAUCAAUACAAUCCACAAUAUUUAAAUUUUUUUGAAUAAAAAUACUAUUUGUAAGUUGAUUUAAAAAAUGGAUAGUGUUAACUGUAUCACAAAAGUGCUAAAAAGGAAUUGGACGAUUAAUAUCAUGCGCAUAAUUCUAAUUUUUUUAUUUAAAUCGACCACUUUUAUACUUGUAUACGGAUAUAAAUUUAAUGAAUCAUUCAUAAAAUCAUUCAUGUGGUUUUUUGUAUACAACAGACACAUUUGGAUCUCCUUUUAGAACGCUGCAUAAUAAUUGGCGUUGUAAUCUGGAGGGUGACCGCGAAAUUACUUACAUGUAUAUUACGUAAUCAAUGAUCGAAGCAUUGUAAAUUUGUACCAAUUUCUAAACACAGCAAAAAAAAAAAAAAAAAAAAAAAUAGAACAAAUGUGGAAAUGAUAUUCAAAGAGAAAUUCAAUCAUUCUUUCAAACGUCUAAACCGUCUUUUGAGGUUAAUUUCUAGACGUAUCAUAUUGUCAAAACAGAGUUGAACUUGAUUCGUGGUUCAGCGCAUCCAUACACUGUAUAUAGCCACAUAUUAGUAUCCUUAAAUAAAAACUAUGUAUAAAAUUUCAUACGUUGUUUAGGUUUUUAGUAAUAGUUAUUCAAAAUCAGUUACAUUAAUUAUAUAAAUAAAUUGCAAAAUAAAUUGCAAAAAUAUA